GGAAUUAAACGACAAAAAUCCAGUUACUUACUCUUUAGAGUAACAUUAGCGUUUGCCAUGUUAGUAACACUGAUUAACUAGAGUGAAACAAGUUAACCUAUCUUUCGUGUCAAAAAAUAAAAGGGGCCUUUGCGAAUUCCCUGCAAUGCCGGGGCAGUCAGAAAGAGCAUUGAAGCUCCUGAGGAGCCUUCCCAGAUUAUCCUUAAGUAACAUCAGAGAUAAUCCCGGGUCAAGAAACUCUCUAAAAAGGGGUCGUGGUCAACAUGGAGGCGACUUCCAUGGUGAAGGUCAGAGAUCAAGACAUAAUUAUAUGCGUUUAGGCUACGAGACCGGAAACAAUCCCUUCUAUCUCCGAUUUCCUAGAGAACCAUACUAUAAAGGCCACCAUUUAAAGAGGCAGUAUCCGCCACUCUCCUUGCUCCAGCUUCAAAAGUUUGUUGACCUGAAUAGAGUGGACACUGCAAAACCGGUAGAUCUAGUAGCGUUGCUUAACACUGGACUCUAUACUAUAUCCGUCGAUCAAAAACAUUUUGGAGCGAAUCUAACGGAUGAAGGGGCUGAUAUAUUUCAGGCCAAGAUAAACCUGGAAGUUCAGUGGGCCAGUGAAUUGGUAAUUGCUGCAGUUGAGAGAGCUGGUGGUGUGAUUACCACUGCUUACUACGAUCCUCACUGUUUGCAAGCAAUGUGUGACACUAAAAAGUUUUUUGAAAGGGGCAUGCCAAUCCCACGACGAAUGAUACCGCCACCAGAUGCUAUUGAAUAUUACUCAAGCGCGACAAACAGGGGCUACCUGGCUGAUCCAGAGAAGAUAUCAGAAGAACGUCUGGUGCUGGCGCAAAAAUAUGGAUAUACAUUGCCGAAAAUUGAGGACGAUCCUCAGUAUGACAUGUUAAUUCAAAGGAAAGAUCCUCGACAGGUGUUCUAUGGCCUCCAUCCCGGAUGGAUCGUUAAUUUGAAAGACAAAGUAAUUCUAAAGCCAAAGGAUAAGGAAUUGACAGAGUUUUACUCGUCGUAAGAUGUUAAAUUGAGUAUUAAGAAAUAAAUAAUAGACAGUU